CACAGGCAGUCUGCUCACAGAAAAAGCACUCUGCAAAUUUUAAUCUCUCAGGCAAAAGUUUCAUAGGUGGUGAACAAUGGAGCUUCUUGUGAAUGUAAGAAAAUGGAUAGAAGAAAACAAAACUGCUUUUUUGCCACCUGUUUGCAAUAAGCUUAUGCAUCGCUAUCAAUUAAAUGUGAUGUUUGUUGGAGGGCCAAAUGAAAGGAAGGAUUAUCAUAUUGAAGAAGGAGAAGAGCUUUUUUACCAGGUUCAAGGAGAUAUGUGUUUAAAGAUAAUUGAAAAUGGGAGACAAAAAGACGUUGUCAUCCGAGAGGGGGAGAUGUUCCUGCUACCUGCCAGGAUACCUCACUCUCCUCAGAGAUACGAAAACACUGUGGGCCUUGUGGUUGAGAGAGAAAGAUUAAAAACAGAAAUUGAUGGGCUAAGAUACUAUGUUGGAGAAUCAACUAAUGUCCUCUUUGAAAAGUGGUUUCAUUGUGAAGAUCUCGGAACCCAACUUAUACCAAUAAUUCAAGAGUUUUUCAAUUCAAGGCAAUAUAAAACUGGAAAACCAAACCCAGAUGAACUCCUGAAAGAAACACCUUUCCCACUGAAUUCCACUCCUGUUAUGGAGCCAUUUUCCUUCUCGAGCUGGUUAAAUGAUCAUCGUGGUGAAAUUAAACAGAAGAAAUCCUUGAGUAUGUUUGGAGAUAACUUUGAAACAGAGGUUAUAGCUUAUGGACCAGGAACAACUGAGAAAAGUAAAAAGAAUUCGGAUAUCUGGAUAUGGCAGCUGGAGGGCACAUCAACUGUUGCCAUGGAUGGCAAAACCCUGACUCUCUCUGCUGGUGACAGCCUGCUUGUCCGUGCCCAGUCUACGUACUGCUGGAAAAGGGCAGAAGAAUGUAUUGCUCUCUGCAUCGCUCAGGACCCAACACGCAAGCAGCCUUAUAAAUAAAUCCUGUGUCAGUUGGCUUUGAUGAUAACCAAGUUUUAACCUACCUAUCUUAAUUAUCUUUUACUCAGAAUGCCUGGAAAUUUGAAUACUCUAAUACAAUGAUUAAGUGGAAUCAAGUGCUGUGCCAAAUUAAAACAUUUUCCCCAAGUAGUUAAAGUUUUAGCAAAAUUUAUAAUCAGUAUUUUUUUUAAUAUCUGGUUUGUUUAAUUUUAUCUGAAAGGAAAUAAAAACAUAUCCAAGUAGCAGGAUUACUUAUCUAAUAAUAUAUGACACUAGAUGAAGUUAGAGUCUUUUGAAAUGCAAGUGUCUGUCACAAGAUGAAAAGGAAAUGGGACAGAUACUAUUACACUACUUUGGUAAUAGUUUUUACUUCUUUGUAUUAGAUUUUCCAUUUAUAAUAAAUUAAUACAACACUAGAUACCCAGCCUAGCUUCCAGUAGCAAAGCUUUAAUUGGUAGUAGCUCAGAGAUCCUCCGAGAUCUUUGGCUAACAGUUUGAUUUUUUUAAAGGCUCUAUCUGCUGCACUGGUUCAGAACUUCAGUGCUUUGUGAAAGAGAGGAAGAUGCAUUAGUAAAAGGAGAAGCUGUACCUGCAACAACAUCAGGCAUUGCUUAGACCACCACUGUACUUGCUACAGGUACAAGUUAUUCCCAGUUUCCCAGAUGCAGCAAUGCAGUGUCAAUCACAGUGAUCAGCAGCACCCUAC